AUGCCAGCACGAGUGAUCUAUGAGUACAGACAGACCCCCACCAUUCGAUUGCCGGUACAACAGGACUGCAAUGGAUGGACGGAGCGAGUGUACGGAAUGCAAGAGCUGUAUGGUUCAGCGCUGUCACCACAACCGGGUCGUGCCUACAACACUAUUGGUCAUCAGCCUUCAACAACGAGUCUUAACGGUGAUGGUUCGGCUAUCCAUUCACCUUCCCUGCUUGUUGUUGCAGUUGUGCGUAUUUGGAAGUGGUCGACUCUCCUGCCGGCCACCUCCUCGCCUCUCAUCCCUCAACGCGCAAAUCGUCGAACACGGCAGUACGUGCACUCGCAAUCACAAAGCCUCUCCCAUGAUGGCACCACGUCGUCGAGUUCAGAGGACGAGGCUCGUGGUGCCGUUGGAGCCUCCACUUCGAAUUGCGUCUGCAGUCAUCAUCGCCAUCGAAGUAGUAGCCGUCAGGUGACGGAGCUCGAUGACUUUUCCUCUGCCAGUAGCGGAGCCUAUGCUGCAGCUCGUUGCGUUACCCAGAUGGCACAACGACUGAACAACAAGUUGUCUCGACACCAGGAUCGACACCGCACUCCUGUGCGUCAGCCACAGCACCACCAACGGCUGUCAUCACAUCCUCGUAGCAGUCGAUCCAGUCAUCAGGACGGUGACAACAGCUGCAGGGAGGACUUUUAA